AUGCAACCUUCCACUCAAGCUACCCAAAAAGACAACACUGCUGAAAACAAGGACAACCACAACAUGGUUAUCAACUGUUUGAGUAACAUCUGCUGUGUUAUCGUCUAA